AUGGCCGCUGAAACAGAGGUUCUCGCUCCCGCGGAGGGGUCCAAGGUGGAAAGACUCCUCCAUAAUCCUUGGACACAGAUCGUUCUUUCCUCUCUUACUUUGUUCUACAACCCAGGCAUGUGUAAUGGCCUCACCGGCAUGGGCGGACCUGGUCAGACGUAUGCGCUCUAUGCCGGGUCGUCGCUUUACUGCAACCGCUCCCAAAACGGUCCCUUCGUCAUCGCCGCUGGUGCCCUGGUCGGCGUUGGUGCGGCCUUCUUCUGGGUUGCCCAGGGCACCGUCAUGGUGACUUACACAAAUGAAGGCCCGCGACGACGCGAGAUUGGCCCCUUCUGGGUCGUCUUCAACCUCGGCGGCGCCAUCGCUUCGCUGAUUAGCUUCGGCCUGAACUUUCGAUCCGCUUCGGGUUCCGUCACCGACUCUACCUACAUCGCUUACAUGGUCGUUAUGCUCUUCGGCUGGGGGCUCUAG